CACACAAAAAAUAUUUUGAUGAAUGAAGAUGAUAGAGCUUUGAUUACAGAUUUCGGAAUAUCAAAACAAAUAAAGGAUACUACAACUUCAAGUUCAAAUAUGAGAGAUUAUCCAACAUUGAAUGGUGUUUUAAAGAAACUCGAAAGGUUAUUAACUGAAGAAACUGUUGAAUUUAUUACAAAUAAGACCGACCAGCAACCACUUGAAUAUUCUAAAGAUGAUAAUAUUUUAGAUGAAUGUGAUGAUUGUUGCGCUGAAUAUAGAAAUGCAACUGACAAGUUGGCGUAA